CUGCCGGAACCUCAACGCGUGACACAGGCGGAAGUAAACAAACAAAGGCGUCAUUACCGUCCCACGUGUGUGUGCCUGAGCACAGAGACUGUUGUGUUGUGUUGUGUGAGCUGUGGGAGUAACAAUGCCUUCAGCUCAGUAUCUGAGAGAGUUUAUCAACGAGCGACUAACUGCUGCUGCUGAACAAAUAUUCUUGGAGUUUGAAAAAACGAUCGUCCAGUACGAGGAAGAGAUCGACCGUCAGCGCAGACUGCUGGAUAUCACCUGGAAACCCCAAAUCAAGCUGCACAGGACAGAUCUCCCACAGCAACAUGUCUCUAAGGAGGAGGAGGCUCUCAUGGAGGAGCAGCUCUGUAACCAGAAGAACUCCAGUCUGAACCAGGAGGAUCCAAAUCUUCCUCAUAUUAAAAAGGAAGAGGAGGAAGUCUGCAACAGUCAGGAGGGAGAACAGCUUGUUCUGAAGGAGGAGACUGAUACCUUUAUGGUGACUGCUGCUUGUUACAAAGGUGACCAAAAUGACCCAGACAGAGAGCAGCUCCUUUCUCACAGCACGGCUGUAGCUGAGAGCCGAGAUCAGGGAGGAAGGAAGGAAGUCAAUUCAGGGUCAACUAGAAAAAAAACCAGAAGUCACAACAAUGCAGAAGAUCCCACUAUGUCAAGGAGUUGGUGGAGCUCUGAUAAAAGUAAAAAGUCUUUAAAAUGUGAUAUUUGUGAAAAAACCUUUAAGUAUAAUUCUGAAAUGAAAAAACAUUAUAGAAUCCACACAGGUGAGAAGCCGUUCUCUUGUAAAAUGUGUGGGAAAAGGUUUAUAUCUUCUAGUUCUUUGUCAAAGCACACAACAGGUCACACGGGUAAGAAACCUUUUUCUUGUACAACAUGUGGGAAAAUGUUUUCAUAUAAUAGUGAUUUACUGAAGCACACGAGAACUCACACAGGUGAGAAGCCAUUUACUUGUAAAACAUGUGGGAAGAUGUUUGGAUAUACUUGCUCUUUAUCGAAACACAUGAAAACUCACACAGGUGAGAAACCGUAUCGCUGUAAAACAUGUGGGAAAAUGUAUAAUUCUAGAACUCAUUUGUGGGGCCACAUGAGAACUCACACAAAGAGGUUUACUUUUGAUGCACAAUUAUUGGCUUAGUGAGCUGUGUCAACUUGAAAGUCACAUUUCUGUCACAACAGUUGCUCUUUUUUAUCUGGUUAAAUGAGUUUGACAUUUUUAUUAGGGUGGGUGUUUUUUCUUUUGUUUUUUACAUUAAUAUAUGUUUUGUUUGGCUGAUUUAGUGCAUUUAGAUUAAUUUAAUGUUAUUUUUUUAAAUUGUUUAAGAAUCAAGACCUGCUGUGCGAAUCUCAGGUACACAGAUAGGUAGGCAGGUAUAAACAAUUUUCAUUUCUUGUAGCUGCUGUUCGGCAAGUAUUAAAUAAAGCAUUUAACCUGAA